AUGGAAACAUCUGUGAUACCGUUGAUCAUCCUGGGAGCCAUCUCCGUUGUAAGCCAUGGAGCUGGUGUGCUACCAGACAGUCUUACUGCAGCUGUUGGAGGGACAGUGAUGUUCACCACAACAGUGACUCCACCAGAAUCACCAUUCCUGGUUGUCACCUGGGGGUUUUCAGACAUCCAUGGUGGUAGUUCUAGUAUAAUAACCUCGAGUAAUGUAAACAUAACUGGCCCAGCAUAUACAGACAGGGUUACCCUCUUCAGAUCUACUGGAUCUCUGGAGCUCAGUAAUCUGACUAUCAGCGACAUUGGAGAAUACACAGUCACCCUUAUACACACUGCUGGAGGACAUCAGAGAGGAAUCUGCAGACUGGUGUUACACACACCAGUCUCCAAUGUAACAGUAACUGCCAACACCACAGACUUGGUAGAGUCCAGCAGAUCCCUCAGUCUGUCCUGCUCCUCCUCUGGGUCCUCCCUCUCUUUCCUCUGGCUCAACAUCAGCUCUGAGGUUACAGCCAGUGACAGAGUUCAGCUCACUGAUGGAAACUCCACUCUCACCAUAGUCAAUGUGACCCGCUAUGACCAGGGACCAUUCAGGUGUCAUGUGUUCAAUCCUGUCAGUAAUGGCAUCAGUGAUCCAGUAAACCUCUUCAUCAUCUUUGGCCCAGAAAAUAUUGAUCUGACACUGUCUCCCUCACAAGAAUACUAUGAUGAAGGGUCAGACAUCAGCCUGAUGUGCUCAGCUGUCUCCAGCCCUGCUGCUCUGUUUCAGUGGUUUCUGAAUGGAGACCUGCUGUCUGAUACUGGACCGGAGCUCAGACUGAUCAACCUUCAGAUGAGUCAGAGUGGGAACUACAGCUGUCAGGCCUUUAACAAAAUAACUAUGAAAACUCAAACAUCUCAACCAGCAGUUUUAACUGUACUGAAAUCACAUAUCUCCAAUGUGGUGAUAAGUGCCAACACCACAGACUUGGUAGAGUUCAGCAGCUCUGUCCGUCUGUCCUGCUCCUCCUCUGGAUCCUCCCUCUCUUUCCUCUGGCUCAACAUCAGCUCUGAGGUUACAGCCAGUGACAGAGUUCAGCUCACUGAUGGAAACUCCACUCUCACCAUAGUCAAUGUGACCCGCUAUGACCAGGGACCAUUCAGGUGCAACGUGUCGAAUGGUGUCAGUAAUGGAAUCAGCCAAUCAGUGAAUCUUGUCAUCCAGUAUGGACCUGACAAUGUGACCGUCGUAGGACCCAAAUCUGUGCAUGUUGGAGAUUUGACAAUGCUCUACUGCUCCACUAUGUCUGUUCCAUCAUCCAAGUUCACCUGGCUAUUUAAAGGAAAGGCGACUAAUGGUCAUGAGGCUGUGUACGUCAUACAAUCGAGCCGACACUCUGAAGGUGGGACAUACACCUGCACUGCUGAGAAUACUGUCACAGGGCAGAGUCAAACAGCACACCAUGUAUUAACUGUCAUAGAUUUCUCAAACUGUGACUGCUUAGCUGCUACUGGAAGAACUACUAUCAUAACAGCUGGGUGUUGUCUCAUUAUUGUAGCAGUGAUCGGAAUAAUUGUAUAUUGUCUGGUGAAGAGGAAAAGAGUCAACAGCACUUAUCCACUACAUCACAAAGAAAAAUUAAGGUCAAAGGAGAAGAAUUCAGAUGUGUAUAAUAAGAUCACAGGAACAAUAGAGAACAAUUUUUAUUCUCCUCCAUUGAGGCAGAAAUAA